UCUUCCAUGGAGCAGAACACUGCUAUACCUUCCUACCAGUACGAACAACUAUUGCGACCUACGGCAGACGUGAAGCAAGUUCGAGUCGUCACUCUUCGUCACGGCGAGACAAAGGAUGAGCUUGUGAUUAGCAUCAGCUUGCAGAAUAUCCAUCCAGAAGCUGAACGACAUGAAAUUCACGCUCAAAAGGAUUACGAGGCGCUCUCAUACACUUGGGGAAGCGAUACACAGCCGCGGAGGGCGAUCACAGUCCAAAAUGGCCUGGAAUUCGCGCACUUGGAAAUCUACGAGAAUUUGUUCACUAUACUUCAAACACUCCGUUUAUCUGAUCGAGAUCGAACGCUCUGGAUAGAUGCUAUCUGCAUUAAUCAGGACAAUGCCAGCGAUCAAGCCAGACUUGAGAAGAGUUGGCAGAUACCUAUGAUGCACGAGGUAUACGAUGCAGCUUCUCGAGUGAUAAUUUGGCUGGGUCCGGAAGCGGAUGAUAGCACUUUUGCUCUGGCCUUUCUUCAGCUCCUUGGAGAGAAUUUCGUCUUCGAUCACACCACUCUCGAGCUGAUUCCACAAAUUAGAACUCUCCUUGAUCGACCCUGGUUCACUCGCGUAUGGAUC